AUAUGAAAAUUCGUGCAAUUUUCGUCUUAUUUGUUCAGUAUUUUCCUUUUUCAAAAAUGGAUGGUAUGAUUCAGAGAGUGCAAAAGGCGGGUGUUGAGAUAGAGCGACAUAACGUAACAACUGAAGAUGGGUACAUUUUGGGACUUUAUCACCUCGUCCCACCAAAAAUCGAAACAUUCAAAAAUAAGACAAUGUUUUUAAUGCAUGGAUUAGCUGCUUGCUCUCGAGAUUAUGUAAUUUAUCCAAAUAUUUCAAUGGCAUAUUAUUUUGCACAGCGAGGAUUUGACGUUUGGUUAGGGAAUGCAAGGGGUAGCACAUUCUCACGUAAACACAUCACGCUUGAUCCUGAUCAAUCAGAGUUUUGGAUGUUCAGUUGGCAUGAGAUUGGGGUAUAUGAUCUUCCGGCUAUGAUUGAUUUUGUGUUAAACCAAACUAAAGAACAUCAAUUAACUUACGUUGGGCACUCGCAAGGUGGCACAGCAGUUACUGUUUUAUUGUGCGAACGUCCUGAAUACAAUAAAAAAUUCAGAUCGGUACACUUGUUAGCCGGUGCAGUUAUAAUGAAGCACUCGUCAUCGCUAAGAUCACUGAUGUUUCCUUCGGGGAAUGUCAUGAAUGCAUUGUUGGCAAUAGUUGAAAAACUUGAUUUAGUUGAAUGGUUCAGUUAUGCGGAUUUUUCAAAACUAUCAAAAUUGAUGGCAAAAUUUUGUUCAUCUUCGAAUAUUGAUGAAAUGUGUAAAUUUUAUCUCGAAUUUGUAAUGGGUGAAAGUGCGCCGGGCAGCUAUUAUGAUGUGUCUAAAAGUAAUUGUGACUUAAUGCGUUAUCAUUAUAUUCGAUUAUUAUUGAAAUUAUAUUGGAGCAAAUAUAUUUCAGAACGAUUUCAAAAGUAUGAUUUUGGCCAUUCCAAAAAUGUGGCUCUGUAUGGAAUGUCAAAACCGCCAGAGUAUAAUUUGAAAAACAUAAAAACAAAGUUACACAUUGUCUAUGGAACUAAUGAUAAAUUGGUGGUAUCAGAGGCGAUACCGGUUCUAAGAAAUGAACUUAAACGAUCAGUGGUGGCCGUGGAUAAAAUGGAACAUUUCAAUCAUAUAGAUUUUUUAUAUGGUAAAUUAACACAUUUAACACCGCCAUUAAUUUUAAGAGUCAUGAACACUAUUUAG